GCUCGGGUUACUUGUGCGGCGUGGUCAAAGACUCUGACAAGUGACUCGCUUUGAUUCCACAGAGUUCGCCCGUAGUACGAGUCAACCACCAAAACGAUGCCAGACCGAGUUGAUCCAUCGCAUGGCAAGAUCGUUAAGCUGCCAUCUCGCUGUCAGAUCCAGAUGGCAGCCGGCAGACCCCGACCCAAGACGGCCGCUGAAACUCUAGCGAUAAUGGCUGCAGUCAAAGCGGACAUCUCUCAUCGAUAUCUCUCAUUCAGUUUGACUCUCCGUGUAUGUUGCGAUGACGAUCCGCUGGAGAGCACAAGAACCAUUAAUUUGGAUACCGGCGCUGUCGUUGCUAUGUUUGCCACUUGCUCGUUCCCCGCGACGCUGCGAGCAUUCUUGCUGCCUUUGGCCGUCAGCUUGUUUGAGAGGUGACCAGUUCAAGCUCUUGCUUGUUUCUAUCGCUGUCAUCUUGAAGAGCCCACGCCGUGGCACUCUCGUCCGAUUGCAUCGGGCGAUCUUUGCCACUCUUUAUCGGGCCCCGGAAAAAAACAAGGUCCGUCGCUCUGCUUUGACGUGAGAGACCCAGUCUCGCGCGCUCUUAGCUUUUUAGUCGCUGCAUUUGUUGAGCAUUGGCCCUCUCGCAAAGUCGCACAAGUGUUCGUCGUGUCUGAAGCUGGCUCAGUCGCCGCCUCGUUCGUGGCCUCUGCUCCUUGUUGUCUAUACACCAUCUCUGCUCGGAUGAUUUUUGUACAAAAGGGCGAAGAGUCAAGAGUGUCAGACACUCCAAGGCAUGCGUCACGUACUUGGGCCGGUAUCCAUUCACUCUUCGGCUGUGCAGGAUUACUCCAGAUCACCCAUGCCAAGUCGCAUCGACUCUCCUGUCCCCUAGCAGAGGCUUCCGCAUGUCUUGGUUGCACAGUCUGACGCAGUCGAUUUGGCAUCUCUGUUCGCCUAGGAUCUUUCAGCCGUGUGUGCUCCGACCCAAUGCUCUGUUGGUAGGAGGUCGAAAAGCUUGUCACUCCUACAGACCGGCUCCCAGCUCGAA